UUGACCUAUCAAGCCCUGUUUUAUUUGUAUGUGUUUUAUUACAGGCGUUGCGAAAGCUUUUCUUAGAUAACUGAUUUCUUAUAAUGAUUUCACUUCUUUUUGAUCAGGAGCUUUCAAGCGCAAAUUCCUAAAGUUGCUCAGCUCUUUUUCAGAAAUGCUGAAAACAUUGCUUGCCUUUGCGUUCAUUGUUUGUAUCACAGACGCUUCUUCCGAUUCUUUUGUCAUCAACGUUGACCUUGGAAAACCGGUAGCACCUUUGAAACACUUCUGGAGAAGCACUGGUUUCUGUCCUCCUCUUCCCCACACUCAGGCACACCACUUUGAUCUGAGUGUUGACCAGCAACUAAACCUUGCCUACGUGGGCUCGGUCCCACAUGGAGGGAUUCAGCAGGUCCGAAUACACUGGCUGAUGGAGCUGAUCACAGCCCAAGAUGUUGGAGGCCAACCCAAAUACAAUUUUACAAAACUGGACCAGCUAAUGAAUCUCUUAUGGAUUAAUGGACUCCGGCCAGGUUUUGAACUGAUGGGCAGCGUCUCUAAUUACUUCAGUGACUUUGAAGACAAAGCUCAAGUGUUCAAGUGGAGGAAUCUGGUUCAUCUCAUAGCCAAGAGGUACAUUGAAAAAUAUGGUCUUGGAAGUGUUUCUCAGUGGAACUUUGAAACAUGGAACGAGCCCAACAACCAUGACUUUGACAAUGUCAGCAUGUCAAUUCAAGGGUUUUUAAAUUAUUAUGAUGCCUGUUCGGAGGGUCUGCGGGCUGCCAGCAACUUGCUUAAGUUUGGGGGUCCAGGAGACUCAUGUCACUCAUCGCCACGCUCGCCUUACUGCUGGGCCAUGCUUCAACACUGCUACAAUGGCACCAACUACUUCACUGGAGAAACGGGCAUUCGGAUGGACUAUAUCGCUCUGCACAAGAAGGGAGGAGGUUACUCUUUACCCAUCCUCCAGCAGGAAAUGCAGACCGUGGGAGAGAUCCAAGAACUUUUCCCUGGGUUCCGCAAUCACCCUGUGUACAAUGAUGAGGCAGAUCCGCUGGUGGGCUGGUCCCGGCCUCAGGAGUGGAGAGCGGAUGUGACCUACGCUGCCAUGGCCAUCAAGGUGAUCAGCCAGCAUCAGGAUAUAAUGUGUGCAAAUGCAAGCAUCAACUACACGCUGCUGAGCAACGACAACGCCUUCCUCAGCUACCAUCCUCACCCCUUCACGCAGCGCACUUUGACCGCUCGCUUCCAGGUCAAUAACACGCAACCUCCUCACGUGCAGCUCGUCAGGAAGCCCAUCCUCACCGUCAUGGGCCUUCUGGCUCUGCUAGGCGAGACUCAGGUCCUGGCACAGGUCUUGAACUCCUCAGGAUCUGAUGAUGCCUACAGUGGAAACGUGGGCGUUCUCGCAAGUAGCCACCAACCGGAAAUCCCCGGAGGAUCAGACAGCUGGCAGGCCGCCUUGCUGGUCUACAGCAGUGACGACAACCGCACGUCUACCAGCACUCAUAUCGUCACCGUGUCGCUGAAAGGACUGGAGCCGCGCACAGGUCUUGUAUAUGUCACGUAUCUAAUGGACAAUAACGUGAGCAACCCCUAUCAACAAUGGCAGAACAUGGGAAGCCCCGUCUACCCUACGACAGAGCAGUUCACAAAGCUCAGGAACGUCCAGGACCCUCUCGUUGACGGACCCCGGCCGGUGCCUACGGGUGACACUCUGACUUUGAAAACAAGACUGCACGUUCCCUCUGUGCUGCUGUUACAUGUAUGUGCCCGACCUAAAACGUCUCCAAACCAGGUCAAUGGUUUGCGCUUCAUCAGGAUCACCAAAGGCCAAGUCCUCAUUAUCUGGUCUGAUGACUGUGUUGAUUCCAAAUGCAUUCGCAACUUUGAAGUGGAGCACUCUGCAAAUCAGAAGGACUUCAGCAGGAUUAAUAGCCACAACACCAUUUUCACAUCAUUUGUUUAUUCACCUGCCGACCAACAGGUAAGCGGCUGGUACAGAGUUCGAGCUGUGGACUACUGGGGCAGGCCUGGGAUGUACUCGCUGCCUGAGGAGUAUUCAGAGGAGCUUUAAACGUGGCUCAUCAAAUAUAGAAGACUUUCAUCUCAGACUAUUAUGUAACUAAUCUGCAGAUUUUUUUUUUUUCCACUUAGCCAUGCAUUUAUUUACAAAUCUUGUAUCAUUUUAAAUAUCAACAAAGACGCAUACAUGGGUUGACAUUAUAUUUUAUUUUUUAAUAAAAUAAUUUUAAAAACACAAUGAACCUUGCAGGUUUUUUAAUAAAAUGUCCUCGAGAAAGUUGAAUCAG